GGCCUUGCAAUCACUCAUUAGGUGGAUCAGGUAACAAAUCAAAUUAUGCAGGUUUGCUAUGAAUUACUGCUGUUCAACUUUAAGAUGUUUCUAGAAUUAUUCCAAACUUUGUAAGUGGCAUGUUGACAACUUCCUGCAUUUUGCUGUACGUGUUCAUUUUGCAAAUUUAUUUACUUACUUUCAGUUUUACUUACUAAUUUUAUUUUUCUUUGCCCUGUAUUUUUUGUUGUUUUUUUUAGGCCAACUCUCUUGAAAGACAGAAGUGGAUGUUUUGUUAAGACUUAACCUGAAGAUUUAACAUCUGCUUUCAAUUAAAAAGCAGUGACUCUAUGAGAAGUGAUCCAGGUGGUGCUGAUUUGCCAUGUAUAAUUCUACAUAUAUGUUCAAUGAUGAUUCUGAUGAUGAAAUCCCCACCCAACGUGCUAUUCAGGAAAGCUUGCAAGAUAGGCAUAAAAUGGAAACAAGUCGCAGUGCAAAAACGGAUGAAAGUUUCCAGUAUAUUGCAAGUAAAGAACAUGGAAAGAUAAUUGCAGCAAUUCGGACAGUUAAUGUCUCUCAAAAUAUCGCAGGCCAAGAAGAGGCCUUGACAAAGUUGGUGAGGCACAGCUCUGCUUUUGAAGAAGCAGAUCAGCAAGGCUGGCUUCCUGUGCAUGAAGCUGCAGCACAGCUAAAUCAGAACAUCCUUGAAAUAACUUGGAAAGCCUCCCGUGCCAUUACGUGGGAACAGACCACUCUAAAAGGGGAAACACCUCUCUUGGUGGCAGUAAGAAAUUGCUUUGUGGACAAUGUCCGCUUUCUCCUGCUCAGUGGCUGCAAUCCCAAUGUUAAGAACGAAGAGGGAGAUUCUCCUUUAGUUAUAGCAAUUAAACUUGAUUCGUAUGAGAUUGCCUCCUUGUUGAUAAAUUCUGGUGCCAAAGUGAAUUUGCAGUGUGUCCACGAGAGGACUGCUUUACAUGAGGCAGCCAGACUAGGCAGGAAGGAUCUGGUGAAGCUUCUCCUUCGUUCUGGAGCAGACCCUGACCCUCGCAGUGGAUAUGGGCUCACACCACUAGCACUGGCUGCGCAGACCGGACAUACAGAAAUUAUGGAGCUCUUACUGCAAAAAGGUGCAGAUGUUCUUUCACAGGCAAUGGAUUGUGCUUCUGUAUUAUUUGAAGCAGCUGGAGGAGGAAAUCCAGAAUCUCUGAGUCUUUUACUAGAAUAUGGGGCUGACGCCAAUGUACCAAAGCACUCUGGUCAUUUGCCAAUCCAUAGAGCUGCAUAUAGAGGACACUUUCUAGCCCUAAAAAAUUUAGUUCCAGUUACUAAUUUUGAUGCCAUUAAAGAAAGUGGGAUAAGUCCAGUUCACUCAGCAGCAGCAGGAGCACAUCCUCAGUGCCUUGAGUUUCUCCUCAAAUCUGGGUUUGAUGCUAAUUUUAUGCUGGAUCAGAGAGUUCGCAAAGGCUACGAUGACCACCGGAAAUCAGCGUUGUACUUUGCUGUUUCCAAUGGGGACAUCUGUUCAACAGAGUUGCUGUUGAAUGCUGGAGCCCUGCCAAACCAAGAUCCCAUCAACUGUCUGCAAAUAGCCUUGAGAAUGGGCAACUAUGAGUUAAUGAAUCUACUGCUCCAACACGGGGCUAACGUCAAUUACUUCUGCAGAGUGAAUACAACGCAUUUUCCAUCAGCUCUACAGUAUGCUCUGAAAGAUGAAGUCAUGUUAAGAAUGCUGAUGAACUAUGGCUAUGAUGUGCACCGCUGCUUUGAUUGCCCUCAGGGGAACAGUUCGCAUUCCCAGUAUGUGACUGACGGAUGGACUUCUACUGUUAUCAAAGAUACAAUGUUCUGUGAAGUGAUAACCUUGUCAUGGUUGAAGCAUCUGUCUGGGAAAGUAGUGCGAGUCAUGUUAGAUUACGUUGAUCACGUUCCUAUCUGCUGGAAGCUAGAGGCAGUUCUCAAAGAACAGGAACUCUGGCCAGACAUCAAUUUGAUUUUAACAAAUCCUCGCUCUCUGAAGCAUCUUUGUCGUCUGAAGAUACGGGCAUGCAUGGGCCGAUUACGUCUGCGUUGUCCUGUCUUCAUGACCUUCCUUCCGCUGCCAAACUGCUUGAAAGACUACGUACGGUACAAGGAGUAUGAUCUUUAUGGACAGAGAAACUUCGUGGGAACCUGCAACCCCGACUGUACAUAAUUACUAGUUCUAUAUGUUGAAGGGAAUGUUGAUGUGGAAGACUGUUGUGCAGCUGCUUUUUUCUUUUGGGAUUCUAUCUCCUAUGUAUAUUAAGGAAUAGCAGCAUUUCCCCCUCACACCCUGAAGAAAAUGGGGAGAAGCCAAAAAUAUUUUGAGCCUCCAGAUUCACCAAAAGGAUUUGUGCGUCUAUUAAAAAAUGAAAACAUUAAACCACGAGUCAGAUGACAAGAACCACUAGUGAAUGAUGUAGUAGUCUCAUGCUGCAUCAAAUAAGAACAUGUAAUGAUUUCACAGACUUGUAAUCUGGACGAAUGUAUGAUAAAUCAUAAGGACAAGCAAUUUAAUCAGGAAUUAAAUAUAAAUUGCUGUAUUUGAGGGCUCAAGUUAUGGGAAACAUACCAGAUAUUAUUGUCCUAUUGCUGCCAUAGAGAGUUUUGCUCACAUGUGGGGUUUUUUAUAUCUGAAUUAAGCCCAAGUCAAAACUUUGUUAAUAUUUGAAAAGACAAUAGUUUUAGGGGAUGAAAUUUCACAGAAGAGCUUCAGGAAAUACCACCAAAAGCUAGUUCUGUCAGGACUCUAUAGGAGCACCACACU